AUGUUUACUUACUCAAUUGUAGGUUUUAACUUAAGAACAGAGGAGACACCCUUGACUAAAAAACUUGAAUAUGCACUCGCCUUUAUCUUGGUUUUACAGUUCAUUAUAGUGAUAUUGAGAGUUGUAACACUUACCGAUGUUAUAAGUACUUUUUUUGAAAUAUGGAUGAUAUAUUUGGGUUAUGUGGUAUAUACUGAAAAACCACCAUGUCUACUUUUUUUAUUUAUUUCGAUAUCAUUUGUAAGAGGAAUUUUAUUGCUUUUAACAACAAUUGAACGGUUAAAGAGGAAUGCAAUUGUAUCUAACGUAACUAUGUUUUCAAAAGUGAUUAAGUUUUCGGAUCCCGAAUUCGUCGAAAAAUUAAGAAUUAUAAUUUUUAUAGCUUCACCAAUACUUUCAUUCCUUGCAUGUAUUAUUAGCUACUAUAUCUUUAAAAAUAUCCAUGUUGUUGAAGAAAUCGAUGAACUGUUAAAUCAAUUCAUAAAUCCUUGGAAUGGAUCAAAUGCAGAGGCUUCAGCUGGGGAAAAUGCAGCAAACGCCACUAAUGAGGCAGGGAUUCCUAGUACAAACACUAAUAUAAACAGUACUAGUGCGCCUUCCCAUGUAAUAUAUACUCCAUUCACAGGAAAAUCAUAUAAACUUAGUGAUAUUUCAUCAUCCAGCUCUACGACUGGAAAGACUGGUAAUUACCCAAUAUAUAAAGGGGCCUAA